AUGAACGGUGACACAUUUUUUGAAUGGAUGCAAAAUAUAUUACCAAAACUAAAAGAAAACUGUGUCAUCGUUAUGGAUAACGCAUCAUACCAUUCAGUAAAGGCAGACAAAAUACCUACUACAUCAACAAAAAAGGCGGACAUAAUUAAAUGGUUGGAAGAAAAAGGUGAAGUUAUCGACAAGCCUAUGGUAAUUCCUCGACUACUUGAAAUAGUACGCAGAAUUAAACCAAUGCACGAGAAAUAUGUAAUUGACGAACUGGCCAAAGAACACAACCGCACCAUCUUAAGACUCCCACCGUACCAUUGUGAGUUAAAUCCGAUAGAGCUGGCUUGGUCAUCAGUCAAACAUCACGUCAAAAUAAACAAUACCAGCUACAAAUUACCUGAUGUGAAAAACUUGUUGUUGGAAGGUAUCGAACGUGUAAAUUCCGUUAUGUGGAAAAAUUUCAUAAGUCAUACCGAAAAAAUCGAAAAAAAAUUCUACGAAAUGGAUUUCAUCGUUGACCAAAUGUUGUCUGCAGAAGUAGAACCUGUUGUCAUCAAUGUAAGUAAUUCCUCUUUCGAGUCUGAGUCUGACUAA